AUGGAAUAUCUUUACUGUUGUAUUCUUGACGCUGCAAACAGACUGAAAUUCACGAGGUCCGAUCCCAAGAACUUUGAUUGGGUAAUCAAGAAAGUCAGUUCUACUUCGAGCACCACAAGUGCCAAUCGUUUUCGACAGCCUUCUCACACAUCAUUUCCCGUCCACGAUUGCCACGACGCCUUGGAUGCGUCUGCAGCUUACCUGCAAAAGAAGGUCUCAAGCCAUCAAGUCAGUGACAGGAAAGACAGGUUCCAAUGGAUUUAUGCCCCCUUGGAGGAGGUACUUGAGCAUCUUCUUGCCAUGAUAGGCAGGAUCGUCAGGCUCAGAGAAGUGACCUUUCAAGUCGUAGCAGUCUUGCAGAAGGGACAAUCUGAGUGUCUGGAGACUGAUCCCACGGCAUCGCAGUCCAUUGAACAGAUGCUUCCAAGCUUCGCAUAUGGUAUCCUGAGGGUCGGGGUGAUGCAGGAUCCUCAUGACCAUCAGCUCGACGCUCUCGAGUGUUGCUCCGUGACGAUCGAAGAAGCCCAUGAGGUCUUCAUGGCCUAUCAUCAAGAAGCCACGCAGGCCUAG